UUUAGAAAUGAAUGUUCCAAUCAAUUAUUCAGAAUAGAGAGCUCAAACAGAAACUUAUUCUUCAGGGUUCACUCAAUCAAUUGAAAAUCUUGAUUCAAAUAGUUUGAAAGAGGAUUUAAAUAAGAGUCUUGAAUUGGGACGUAAAAAGAGAAAACAGUUGACACUUGAAAAUCCUGAAUUUCAAAUUAAGCAAGAAAUUGAAGAUGAAAAAUAGAAUAUUAAGGUAUAAACCCAUAUUAGAAGAGGUGUAGCGGAUGCUUUAAAGAUAUAAGACUUAUGUACAAUAAUAAUGUUUAUUAAAUAGUAAAGUUGAAGAUUUCAGUUAAAGAUAAUAAUAACCCUAUCCAUAGUCUAUUUCGAUGGUUUCUACUUAUAUUAUAUAAGGAGAAUCCUGAGAUGUAUAAUUGGCCAGAGUUUAAAGUAAUAAAAUUUACAUCGAUUUAUUUAGAAAUAAGUUCUUGAAAAGAAUAAUGGUCAAGAUCUUCGUAAUCGUUUGGGAUAUUAAAGUGUAAUUCAUAUAACAGCACUUGAAGGAGAGAAAACAAAAUAUUUGUUAAAUUUAAGGAAAACAAUUAUAGAAUAAAACAGUAAGCCUGAAGAAGUUUAACAUGUACUUGUGAAAAUAUUUGAUAUUGUAGAAAUAGUAUACAAAACACAUGAACAUGCAAAAAAAAUUAAUCAUCUAGUUGAUGAUUUAUUGAAGGUUUUGAAUUUGAUAAUAGUUUCUAUAGCAAGAGAAUUAAAUCAAGUAAUUCAAAAAUGAAAUUGAGAAAGUGAAUUAAGAAAUUCAAGAGGCUAAGUCUAGUCUGAAAAAAUUGGAAAGCAAGUCUUUGAAUGAUGAAAUCAUUCAAGAAUGAUAUUAUAAUUAAGAUUGUUAUAAUUUUUCUAAGAAAAUUUUAAUGAAUAAAGGAGAUUGAUAAUCUUAAAGAGUAUAAAUAGUAAAAAAAUAAAUAGAGAAUAGAAAUAAUUAAUUAAUUAGAUAAAAUAAUAAUAUAAGAAGAGGAUGUAGG